UGUGACACUACAAUCCAAGAAGCCGGAAUCCCCAGUACUACCGGAGGAAACCGCAGGAUCUGCACACCCAGGAGCCUCCAGAGAUACAGCGAUAGCACCCACCUACCAUCGACAUUCCCACAUGAGAUCCAGGAUCCCCUAUCUUCUAGUCUAGAAUUCAGCAACCAGCCUGUCUUCGUUAUCUGGGAUCUCCAUAUGCUACCGGACCUGGUUCUCCUCACAUCAGGUACCUUUCUCCAUUCUAUAUCAUUGAGAGUUACUACAACACCAACCUCCUUUCUGGAGAAUCCAAGUAAAUCUUAAUGAUCCUGCUGGACUCUGUAUAAGGAGAUCUGACCUACAACUGAAUCCUGGAAGCCAGCGCUUUGUAUUUACAUCCGGGAUUGUACCUAUUAAAGAUUUCCCUUCUCCCACAACUGGCAUGCUUUAACUAAAGACAGCAUCAAAAGGAGAUUCCUAAUCGUUUAAAUCUCGGAAACCUUCAUCAAAAGCUUCGUAUCUCCCAUAGCAUUGGAUAUCCCCAAAUCCAUAUGUAAUCUCUUCUUUGAGGACUGCAUCUGACAUGAGAAUUAGAUGGACACCCACUUGCUCUAAAGAGAUUUUCCUUAUUUAAGACUUUCUAUUUAGACACGAGCUGACCAUGCCAGGCAACCCGUUUAAUCCACAGCCACUCUCUCUAAUUGACCUACCCCUCCUGUUCCUGCUAAUGGAGUAGAUUCCCAGCUCUGAAGGAUUUCCGAGGAUUCCGUGCCAUCAAGACUCUGAGAUAAAACUGAUAUAAGAGGUUCUACCAUGUGGAGCUGGGCAAAGGGAAUUUUAUAAUACAUUAGGCAACCUGAGAAGGUUGUAUACAAGCCAGUCUACCUCCAUCUCCAGGGGGUUUGGGUUUUAAACUUUGCACUAUGUCCCUCCCCCCUCUUCAGCCAUUUGAUGGAAUCCAUGCAGAGAGUUAAAGGAAUCUCCCAUCAGAUAUUACCUCUGGAUCUGUCUGCAGAAGCUCAACCCUACUCUUCCCACUGGUUUGAUAAACCCCAUAUGCUGUUCUUCUGGGAUUUCUCCUAAAUCCUCUUAAUCCUUUAAAUAUAUACUGUACAUAUAUUUUUUAUUUUUUUUUACGAACAAAAAAAAGAUCUGAAACCUAUUUUUAGCACAUUUAUGGUCUUCCGGUGGCAUUAUUUACGAUGUACGAAAACGUGGAUGUACCAGGGUUGGGUACCAGCCCAACGCACUAUCACAUGAUGGAUUUCUACAGACAGAACAGGGCCUGUAUCAUGUCGGAUAAAGGAAUUGGGACAAUUCAUCCUUUUGGGACACCGAUCCGAAACCAGCACUGGAGUCAUUCCAACCAUUCUAUUGAGACCCAGAGCACCAGUUCGGAGGAAAUUGUCCCCAGCCCUCCCUCCCCACCACCUCUCCCCAGAAUCUACAAACCCUGUUUUGUGUGUCAAGACAAGAGUUCUGGUUAUCACUAUGGGGUCAGUGCCUGCGAAGGUUGUAAGGGUUUUUUCCGACGCAGCAUACAGAAAAACAUGGUGUACACGUGUCACCGAGACAAGAACUGCAUCAUAAACAAAGUGACGCGGAACCGCUGCCAGUACUGCCGGCUACAGAAAUGCUUCGAGGUUGGCAUGUCCAAAGAAUCUGUACGCAACGACCGGAACAAGAAAAAGAAGGAUCCCCCAAAGCCUGAAGUAACAGAAAGCUAUGUGCUGAGCCCAGAGACUGAGAACCUGAUUGAGAAAGUGCGGAAAGCUCACCAGGAAACCUUUCCUUCACUGUGUCAGCUAGGCAAAUACACUACAAAUUUCAGCUCAGAAGAGCGAGUCUCACUGGACAUCGAUCUAUGGGACAAAUUCAGUGAGCUGUCCACCAAAUGCAUAAUUAAGACGGUGGAAUUUGCCAAACAGUUACCGGGAUUUACCACUCUCACCAUAGCUGAUCAAAUAACCCUCCUUAAAGCUGCCUGCCUGGACAUCCUGAUCCUACGAAUUUGUAUACGCUACACACCCGACCAGGACACCAUGACUUUCUCAGAUGGCUUGACACUUAACCGGACACAGAUGCACAAUGCUGGCUUUGGGCCUCUCACAGAUCUAGUCUUUGCUUUCGCCAACCAGCUGCUACCGCUAGAAAUGGACGACGCAGAGACUGGUCUCCUGAGCGCUAUUUGUCUCAUCUCUGGAGAUCGACAGGACCUGGAGCAGCCGGAUAAAGUGGACAAGUUACAGGAACCACUGCUAGAGGCGCUUAAAAUCUAUGUCAGGAGGAGAAGACCCAAAAAACCCCACAUGUUCCCCAAAAUGUUGAUGAAGAUCACAGACUUGCGAAGCAUCAGUGCCAAGGGUGCUGAACGUGUGAUCACUCUGAAGAUGGAAAUCCCAGGAUCCAUGCCUCCUCUCAUCCAGGAGAUGCUAGAGAACUCUGAAGGCUUAGACAACAAUGGAACGGCAUCUCCUACUACGGUGCCUCCUACUCCUGUCCCCCCAGGGAGCUGCAGUCCUAGCCUUUCUCCCAGCUCCACUCACAGCAGUCCAUCUACACAGUCACCCUGACCCUUUGCCAGCCAGCAUGGCAACAUGGCACAGAGACUCACCAGCUCAUGCACAGACUUCUCUGCUACUCCUCACUUCCUACUUCUCUCAAACCGCUACUUUCUCUCCUUCAUCUCCUUCAUCCUUUUGUCCACCCUUGGAUCCCCUUCACUGUACCAUACUUUAACUUUCCACUCUACUCUUUUUAAACCUCAACCGGGAAUCAUCACUGUGCUAUAUUAAGUCUUGGGACAUAGUCUCUGCAGGAGAGGGGAUGAUCCAGGCAUGGACGUGUAGCCCUCAGUCCCCUCAUUUCUUGAAGAUUCAGCCUUGUGCCUCUGGACAGUACACGUCUCACUGGAUGGAGAACGGACUCAAAAAUAGAUUUAAGAUUGAGCAGAAUCUCGCACUGUGUCCACGUGAUUGGGGUGGGGGGAGCGGCCUAAGGGAUGUCCUGAGCCCGCUAAAGAGGUGACCAUGUAAAAGCCGCUUCACGCAGGAGAAUUAUGCUGGUUCAUUAACUCCAUUCACUGCCAUUUUGCACCCCAAAA